AUGACCAGCAUCAAGGAUAGCGGCGAGGUUGCUGUGCAGGAACAACAUCAGCACCUGUCAAAGUGGCGCGUCAGCUCGUGGAUAGACAAAGGCGAGGGGAAAUGGUUCGUGUUAUUCGGUGGUGCGUGGUUAGGUCUCUCGGCUGGUAUAUUAUGGGCCGUUCAAGGAUAUAUCUGCACGUGCUACCCGAUGGAGUCUGAAAAGGGCCUCUACAUCGCGACAACGUGGAUUUUGAAUGCUCUAGGUUCUGUUGUUGGAUCAGCCGUUGUCCUUGGAAUCAACAUCAGCAACACCUCCUCGUCGGGGGUACCGCCAGCGGUAUAUCUCACCUUCAUCUGUCUCGAGUGCGCCGGGAUCUUCGUGGCGGCUCUUCUGAUGGACCCAAGCAAGAUCAGACGCAACGACGGACGACCAAUAGCCUCGUUUGAUGCAGAAUCCUGGUCCCGGGAACUGAAGAGCUUGUUUCUAACCUUGAAAGAACCAAGAAUGACCCUUAUCACGUUAGCGAUCUACAGCUGCGAGAUGUACCUGUCGCUAUCGGGGUCGUUCAACUCCUUCUACUUUAACUCGAGGACAAGAUCAUUGGCAAACUUUUGCUAUUGGACCAUCCAGAUCGUCGGCUCAGCCGCCAUCGCUUGGACAUGUGACGCAAACAUCUUUGGCCGCCGUCGGCGUCGCGCCUUCAUCUCCGCCGCCUUCGUUGCCGUUAUCAUGGGCGGCACCUGGAUCACUCUUCUGGCCUUUCUUGCCUCCAACGACUUUGACCGUGCCGGCCCUGUCAUCGGCAUCGACUGGACGGAUGGCCGACGUUUCGCUGGCCCCUUUGCACUCUACAUGUUCCUCGGCGCUUCAUACCCGAUGUUCCAAAACUCUUGA